GUUCAACCGUCGCGCCCGCCCGCGAACCGAGCCGCCAUCCCAGCGGAAGUAAAAUGUCGGGCUUCAACGAUGCCGCUGCGCCUGGGCAGAGCCAGGAUGGCGCUCAGCAGCAACCCACCUUCGAGCCAAGUCAGUACCAGCCUCAACUUGACCAACAACAACAGCAACAACCACCUCCCGCAACGCCCGGCGGGGACGGUAGUAAUACAGGGAAAAGCAAGCAGCGUCGAUCCUCUCCGAUUCCACGAAUUCGAAGAGCCUGCACGGCCUGUCAUUCGGGUAAAACACGAUGCAGCGAGGUCCUGCCUUGUCAGUCCUGUCUAAAGCGUGGCUUGGGUGCUACCUGCCAGUAUCCCGACCCAGAAAAUGAAGCCAGUGCGGCCCAGCAGGCAUCUAACACCGUCCCCGUCGCACCUCCGUCGACAUUCAUGGGGCAGAUCCCCCCUCAACCUGGUCCAUAUUACUAUGACUACUCAGCCAGUACCUCAACUUUCCGUCCGGCUAAGCGGCCACGCCCGCUGACUGAGGAAGAAGCUGCGGCCAUCACGCGCAAUUUCCAACGUGGUGACUUCUACGUUGGAAACAGCGGGCCCGUGCGCAUUGAUCCACGUCUACCAGUUCGCCUCACCCUUGGAGAAGGCGAUCAAGUCCAUUUCACAAUCUCAGAAGCGAUCUUGUAAUCCAAGCAAGAUGUAUUACACGAGUGAAAUAGUGGGGAAAAUUGGGCUUUCAAUCGUUAUCAGGCUUUCGCACAACGUGUAUGUACAAUAGGAAUAUAUUGCUAUCUCGAUUUCGU